AUCUGUCCUAUCAUGAAGGGUAAUGAGAUGUGUGAGCGACUCAUCGAACAACUCGCCUGCGCCGUGCAGUGCAACCCUGACUCGGGCAACUACCUCACGGGCAAGCCCGGCAAGUACAUGCUGCAGAUCUGCACGGACCACGGGCAGGCCAUCUACGACGCGUGCUCCUCGCUUGAAGUGGCGGGGAUCGUGGUGGCCGACUUUUUUACCACGCCGGAUGACAUCAUCCAGCAGCUGCUCGUGCCGCUCGUCGCGCAGCAGAUCCCCGGCUUCAACGCCACCGUCGCUAAAACCGCAUGCUACUCCGGUCCCACAUUGGUCCCAGUCACCCCUCUCUGCUGCGACCCGCUCACCAUCCCCGCCACCUGCCCGCCCGGUGCGGUCAACAUGACGGCCGCCAAGAACGUGUCGGGGCGCCCCCUCGACCCGGCCAUCUGCGCUGACUUCCCCUACUCCAACGCCACCAUGCCCUUCCCCCCCAAUGCCAGCCCGCCAACCCCCUCCGCCCCUGCUCCUUCGCCUCCCGCUCCUGCUCCUUCACCCCCCGCCCCUGCUCCUUCGCCUCCCGCUCCUGCUCCUACACCCCCCGCCCCUGCGCCAGCCCCCACCAUCGCUGCUCCCCCCCCAAGCACCGCGUCUCCGUCUCCCCCCUCUGCAUCUCCUCCUCCGCCUGUUCCCAGCUCCCCUCCUCCUCCCCCCAAGGCUGCUGGGGUUGGCGGAGCGUCUCUGGCUGUUGCCGUUCUGCCAUUGCUGGCGGUUGUGCUGAUGGCGCGAGUUCCGCACACAGUGGAGGGUCGACGGAGGGGGAAGGGAAACGGCGGAAAAUCCGGGGGAUUGAAGGGAGAAGGGGCGGAUUUGCGGGAGAAGGGUGAAUGGGUCAAUAAGAAGGCGUAUCCCCCCAUGUGCCCCUUCUUACCCAUAUUUCAUCCUGCUCCCACUCGCCCUCCCGCGCGCUCCAGGGUGGUGAAGAGGGUGAGUGUGCGGGAAGGGGUGAAUUGGGGUCAGUUCAGUAGGCAGGUGCACUGUGAGCAGUACCUGGCGCAGGUCUGCCAGGGCGCGCUGCCCUCGGCUGCCAUGCGCCGCAUUGGCUUCCCCUGGUCGCCCACCCUCGUUAGACGAACUCUCGCCGAGGUGGCAGGGAUGUUGGACGCGGCACAGCUUGCGUUGGAGCACGGGCCUGUAUGCAGCACGGCAGGAGGCAUGCACCAUGCGUUUCAAGGCCACAGCUUGGGCUACUUCAUUCUGAACGACCUUGCUGUUACUGCCGCUGCCCUAACUGCCUCCUCCCUGCUCCCAUGGCCUAAAGGCACCCACCUUUGCCACCGCCACUGCCACCACCACUACCAGAAGUGCUGUCACCCAAGCAGCAUCACUGCAAUCACAG